AUGGCGUGGCAUAGAGGGGAUCACAAGCAAUCGUGCAAGCAAUGUGGUCGAAAAUAUGCUAGAAAGGAUGAGUUUUUAAGGCAUAUUAGUACACAUGAAAAAGAACUGAAUAGUGCAGAUGCAACCACAAACAAAUUACAAUGUAAUGUUUGUAAAAAGUUUCUGACAUCUGAAAUAAAACUGCAGCAACAUUUAGAAAAACAUAAACGUGAAGUUAUGACAUUAAAAUGUGAGGAUUGUGGAAUCAUAUUUAGCACAUCGAGUAAUUAUAAAAGACAUGUAAGAGAUAAACAUAAUCAGAAACAAGAUGACGUUACUUCACAGAAUUACAGCAAAACAACGGAAGAUAUAUCAGGUCCUUUCGAGUGUGACUUGUGCUCAAAGCUUUUUAAAAGCAAACGUACACUAACUGAGCACAUGAAUAAUGUACAUUUGAAUAAACAUAGCUUUGUCUGUGAUAAAUGUGACAAAACCUUUUUCAAGAAAAGAGAUUUGAAAAUGCACGAAGAAAGGAAACAUAAGAAUAUGUCAUGA